GAUCACUUGGCUGAAGACUAACACCUCGCACUGUCUACAACACCAUUCUUGUCACGGCUGAACUACUGCGCAGCGCAGGAAGCGGAGACAACUUGGGGAGAUCACGCGAUGUUGACUGGAGGCUCCAGUCACGAUUGAGUGGCCUAAUUAUAUUCUACUGAAACUUUGGCCGAAAUGCCACCCAGGCAGAAUGCGGCUGCCGCUAGCCGCUCCGCGCUUCUGCCGUUUGCGUCGCUGCUCGCCUCUCAGAGCAACGGCCCGGAAUUAACCUGCAGUCAGCUCGAGGACACGCUGGCCAAGUUGACGCAACAUGAUAAUGCAGCAACAUGGAAGGAGGACCAGCUGUUUGUAGACCUGGUGGCGCUGUUUGGUCUCGCGCUGCGGCGCUCGGCGCCGGCCCCCGGCCCCCCGGCUCGCAGCGGCCCCGGCCCCUCCACCAGCUCCGCGCCACAAGUGCCUUACGUUACGGACGAGGCGCGUCAGCUGUACAGGCGCAUUCGCAUCAGGCUCAGUAAACUGCUGCUGCAGGACAUCCUCGGCUCCCGCUGGUAUGAGAACCGCCUCCGCACCUUGCUGCUCGACCUGCUGCUGCGGACGCACGUGCUGCGCUGCUACAGCUCUCUGCUGGGCAGCUACGCGCAGCUGCUCCGAGCGCGGCCGUCGCGGCGCAACCAGGAGGGGGCGCACGAGGUUGUGCAGGAGGUGCAGCACCUACUGCAGGCCACGAUGAACGCCGAGUUAUCCUGGAGCCCGACACCACCCGUCACGGAUGGGCAGCGGCGCAGCGGGGCCCUGGAGGACGGACCCCAUCCCAACAUACCGUAUCGGCUUAAGUGCGGCUACAACCACCAUCUCAACAAGGAGCUGGCGGAAAGCCAGCUACCCGAGGCGUGGGCCGUCUGCUUCCUGCAGCUCGCGGCUUGCCAGACAAUUAGCCAGGUCGAUGAGCUAACCCCGCGGGUCCUUGCGUUGUUAGGCGUGCGGCGGCGUGACGGACUUUCGACAGACACACUGGGUGCGACGCCAGCGCUGCAGGCACUGCUGUCACUGGUGGUAGUGCGCGGCCUGGCGGCCGCUGACGGCGGCAGUAGCUACGGCCAGGCAGCAGCGGCGGCAGCUGCUGGGUCGGAGGACGGCGACUGCGGGCCGCCCUGGACGCUGGUGCGCCCAAGUGCAGGACAGAUUGUAGACGUUUCUGCGGUGCUUCGGAACGGCGGGGAACUCGCGCUCAGCGUCUGGGAACGCAUGUUGGGCCUGCGCCUGGGAGCAGACGCAGCAGACGCAACAUUGCGCGACAAUGUGGUAGGUCCGGCGGCCGCGGCUGGAGUCGCAGAGGACUGGGCACGUGGCCCCGGCAGCCUGUCGCGGCCGGGGCUGGAUCAGCUGCGGGCUCAGGAGGCGGAGGUGAAGCGCCUGGAGGCUGCGCGACGUGAGGUGUACCGGAGCCUGCAGGCGGCAGACCAAACCCAGCAGCAACAGCAGCAGGCCGGAGGGGCAGGGCCGAGCGGCCAGCGACAGCAGCGGGGCGCGGGGGCGCGGCCGGCCCAGGGCCAGGACAGGGGCCGCGGUGGCAUAGCGGGCAAGACGCGGCAGGGGCAGGCUCGAGGGCAGGAGCUGGGACCACCUGAGGGCGAUGCAGGCAGCAGCAGCACCACCAGCAGCCAUGCCGCGCCCUUGACGCCUGAGCACAGGGCUGAGCUGGAGUUGCAGGCGGCGGCCCUGACGGCGCAGCUGCGGCAGGCACGCCGCCUGCCGGCGGUGGUGCCUAUGCCAGAGACAGAUACGAAAGAGCAGCUCCGUAUGGGCUACACGUGUGUAACACUAAGGGGUGCACAGCACGCGCUUCACACCGGCGACCCAGCUCUCCGCUACGGCCCGCCGGGUUACCGCGUCCAUUUCACGACCUUCGCGGUGGUGUUAGAGGCGUUCGUCGAGGAGGCGCCCGGCCUCGGCGAUCGUUGCUACAUGCGGCCCUACGUGGUCGCGCGCUCAAUGGCGGCACAGCUGCGCGCGCGCGGUGUCGUGCUGCCGGCGGGCCUGGAGGAGCUGAUAGAGGACGCGCCGGAGGCAAUCCAUGCGGAUGACGUCAGCUGGAUGGACAACUUGUUGGGGCGGACUUGCAGGGAGACGGCGCCGCCGCAGCCACUGCCAGCCCAGCUGGCACUGCCGCCGUGGAAUGAUGCGGCGGCCUUCGACGUCUGUACUCGGCUGGCGAACGCGGCUCGGGCGGAGUGGAUGCAGUGGGCUGCCUGGCAGUCACCGACUUCCCUGCUUAUGCGGGAGAAGUAUCCGCCCGACGCGGUCAGGAAAGCCAAGGCAGCCUGCAGGGCCUUUGACUGUGCACUGACAGCAGCGCGGCUGCUGGCUCGGUCGACGCCGCCCACGGCACAGGCCGGCCGCCGCGCGGCCGUGCGCCGGCUGCGGCAGCUGUGGCGGUGCUACUGUGCGGCGCUGGAGGCUGCUCUGGGGCUGGUGCUGCCGGAGGGCAGUGGCGAGCGGGCGCCGGCAGCGGCACAGCGAGCCCGCCUCCCUCCCGAUGCGCACAACGGCGCCGUGUGGGGCUGGCACGACGCUUUGGCUGACAGCCCUGACAUGUUCAGGCUGCUGCCGGAGGAGGGCGGCAGGGAGUCGGCAGGCCCGGCGGCUUCGGCAGCAGGCGGGGCUGGCACCGGGAGUGGCGCAGGCGGAGCCAACAAUAGGCCGGGCCCGGAGGCGGCGGCGCUGCUAAGUGCCGGGUACCUGCGACUGUGGACACUGUGGGAGCGCGCAUCGCUUGUGGCCAGGUUCAAACUGAGUUUACGGCGCAUUGGCCGUGCACGUUGCUGGGCAGAGGUGCUCGCGUUCGGGCAAUCGGACGACCUGCUUGACCUGCUGGCGGCGGCGGCGAUACGGGCCCGGGAGGCUGCUGUGGCUGGGCAGGCGUAUGUCAGCAAGCUGCGAGAAGCGGCUGCUGCCUCUGAGCUUCCGGACUAUGAUCAAGGGCUGUGGGAGCUCCGCUUGCAAUCAGAGCAUCAAAGCGCCGUGUACCCCCUGCACGCCGCCGCGCGGCUGCUGUGGACGCUGCAUGCCGUCGCGCCGCUCUUCGCUGCCGGCGGCAUCGCCGGCGGCGCGGGUGGCGGGGGCAGCGGAGGCAUGGCACAAGCACCGGCAGCGGCGCCCGGCGAGGCACAGCAGCCGCACCUGCAGCAGUUGGGGCUGAUGUGGUCGGUGGUCGCGGAGCACAUCCUGCCGCGCGUGGCCGAGGGCCUCAUCUGCACGUCCGCGUAUCCUGAGCCUUCCUGGUCCACGCGGGCGGGCCGAACCUACCACACCGCUGCCACGGCGCUGAUGUGUUGCCGCCUGGUGCUGAACGCCCUGCACCGGGCGGAGGCGGGCGCAGCAGCAGCGCGCACUGGUGGCGAGGGCGGCGGCAGCGAGGGCAGCGGGCCCGGCAGCAGCAGCAGCAGCAGCAGCAGCAGUCCCCCUGGCACCAGCACCUGCGAUGACGCGGCGCUGUGGCGCCGGCUGCUGCUGUGCGAUGUGGACGUGUUUGCUCUGCUAGCGGCGGCGGCGGCGGCCAUUACCCGGCACGUCCGCCAGCCGGUCGAUGACCGGGAGGGAAAGGCGCAGUGCUCGUACGGCGGCGGGGGCGGGGAGGACGAGGCGGACAUUGACAUACAGCGUGCGUGCGCAGAGCUGCAUUCGACCGCCGUGCUGGCGGCGGCGGUGCUGCCACGGGAGUGCGUGAGGGCGGCACAGCAGGGCGCAAGCGGGUGUGCUGGGCCCGGCGGCGCCCAGCAGCCGGGCCAGUACCGGGUGCCUCUGGCUGUGGAGAGCAUUGCUGGGCUGUUUGGUCCGGACGGGCCAUGCCCCAACCCGCAGUGGCAGGCGGAUGUGCGGCAGGCCUUUGCCAGCGCGAACGCCGUAGUAGCCGCCACCGGCUCGCGGGGGGAGCUCUCGGAGGAGGAGCUGCAGGCGUUCUCGUCCGGGGCUCAGGCGGUGCUGCAGCAGCAGCGGGAGGCCCAGCAGAUGCAGGCAGCUUCGGCGCUGCUGGUGCCGCCGGGCCGCGUGCGGUCCGCACUGCGGCAGCGCUACCCCGGCCGCCGGCUGUGGUUGUGCGACAAUCCGGCGUGCGAGCCUGCUGUGGAGCUGGACGCGAGUGGCUGGCCGCUGUUUCCUCAGUCCUGCGUGGGCGCCGGGGCCUGGGUGUGGUGCGGCGGCUGCGAGUCCAGCUUGUACUGCAGCGAGGGGUGCCGGCUGGCGCACUGGCAGGCUGGGCACGGGGCUGUGUGCGGCUUCUGUCGCGGGGCUGCAGGGCAGGGCGUGUAGUUUGGUUUUGCAGCACGUGUGUUAGGUAAGCAGAAAGGAAGGGGUGAGAGGAAGAAGACAUGUGUGUUUGUGUCAAGGACGGUAGGUGCGUGUGCAUGUGUCUCUGUCGAAGGGACUCAAAACGGGCGCGUGGAUGUUUGUAAUACGAACUGGGUCUUAACAUGGGGCUGAGAUACGGUACGUAGGGAGGGCGUCAUGCGCAGCUAGGCGGUGUGGUCAGAAUGCGGUCGGCGGUUUGCAUGACUGUGAUUGGUAACACUGCUGCUGACGCUGGUGGCUGGUGGGCCUGUUGGUGCAGCACAAGGCCUUGUUGCGGCACUGAUGGCAUCGGGGUAGCCAGCACCACCUCUGAUUGUUGCUGAGGCAGGGUCUCACUUCAGGCACUGAGAAUUACGAGUCCGCUGACGCCAGCCAUCGUCUGCGGACGGUAGAAAAUGAGUGGUGCUUGCGUUUGAUGGGGAUGUCGGCAGACCUCUGGCCUGUCGCGCCUUGUUGUGCGUGGGUACUGCCGCCAAAAGACCUAAACGAGAUGAGGGGUGUUACGUGGCGGUGGGGCUUUGGCGGGCUUCGGCUUGGCUUCGACUCAUGUGCGUAACACUAUGAAGGUCG